AUGGCGCCUCCCAAGCCUGCUCAAGAUUUUCUGGACUUCGUGAACGCCUCCCCUACUCCUUACCAUGCCGUCGCCUCGUCCGUGAAGCUUCUCGAAGCGGCGGGCUUCAAGGGCAUCAAGGAGAGGGACAACUGGUCUUCGGACUUGCAGCCGGGCGGGAAGUACUACCUCACUCGCAAUGGCUCCUCCAUUGUCGCCUUCGCAAUCGGCAAGAAAUGGGCUCCUGGAAGCUCGAUUGCAAUGAUUGGCGCUCACACUGACUCGCCAUGCUUGCGUAUCAAGCCAGUCUCAAAGAAGACGAAUGCUGGAUUCUUGCAGGUCGGCGUCGAGACUUAUGGAGGAGGCAUCUGGCACUCCUGGUUUGACCGCGACCUGUCGAUCGCUGGACGUGUUCUGGUCAAGGACUCGGCCGGGAACUUUGUGCAGAAGCUCAUCAAGGUCGAUAAGCCCAUCCUUCGCAUCCCCACUCUGGCUAUCCACCUUGACAGGUCAGCCAAUUUCGACCCAAAUAAGGAGACCGAGCUAUUUCCCAUCUGUGGUCUUGCCGCUGCCGAGCUGAACCGGACCGGAGUGAGCGAAAAGGAAGCAAAGAAGGAUGAACAACCCGAGGCUGAUGUCGACGGCGAGUUUCAGCCUCUGAAGGCGAUGACCCAAAGACACCACCCCUAUCUCCUGGAGAUCAUUGCACAGCAUGCCGGCGUUGAAACGGAUGGUGUUGUGGACUUUGAACUAGUGCUGUACGACACCCAGAAGUCCUGCUUCGGGGGCCUUAACGACGAGUUCAUCUUCUCCCCGCGACUGGACAACCUAGGAAUGACGUACUGCUCCGUGUUGGGUCUUAUAGAGUCGGUCAAGUCAGACAGUGCUCUUGAUGACGAGUCCUCAAUCCGCCUCAUCACUUGCUUCGACCACGAGGAGAUCGGUUCCACCUCUGCUCAUGGGGCGAACUCUAAUCUUUUGCCCGCUGUGCUUCGGCGUUUGUCGGUUUUGCCAAGGGGUAACUUUUCCGAGUCCGGCUCUGAGAAGUCCUAUGAACAUGUCAACCCAGACGACAUCGCAACGGCUUUUGAACAAACGCUGUCCACCUCUUUCUUCGUCUCUGCAGACAUGGCACACUCCGUGAACCCAAAUUACCAACAAAAGUACGAGUCGAACCACCAGCCUGAGAUGAACAAGGGCACGGUCAUCAAGAUCAACGCAAACCAACGAUACGCGACAAACUCCCCUGGCAUCGUCCUCUUGCAGGAAGUCGCCAAGAAGGCGGGCGUGCCUCUUCAGCUCUUUGUGGUGCGAAACGAUAGCUCGUGUGGCAGCACCAUCGGACCUAUGCUCUCUGCAAAGAUGGGCGUGCGAACCCUUGACCUUGGUAACCCGCAACUUUCCAUGCACUCGAUCCGUGAAACGGGUGGUACAUACGACGUCGAGCAUGGUAUCAAGUUGUUCGCAUCAUUUCUGUCCAACUAUACUGGGUUGGAGUCCAAGAUCCUCGUUGAUUAA